UAAAAUGUGUCGAAGAGCCACAGCGGCAGCCAAUCUUUCCCCAAAUCCAAUUCGAUUUCCUCGUCGCCUGUGAAAUAUAUCCAAUUACGGUCGCAUCGACGCAACAAUGUCCGCCGGUCUUCUCUCCCGAUCCAUCACGCAUCCUAUCGCCUUCUCCUUAUCACUUCGCCUUUCUCCCGUUAUCCGCCCGCCUGCUGUCCAAACCCUAACGCCCUCGCUGAGGAAUAGGCGGCGCCGCCGGAGGGACGGGCUUAUGACGGCCGCUUCCGCGUCGUUCUCUGCUUCUGCGACGGAAGAGGAUGAGGAAUGGCUCAAGAAGCUUCCAGACAAAAAAAAACCGCUCUACGCCCACAGCCUCCCCUGCAUCGAGGCCUGGCUCAGGAAGUUGGGUUUCCGCCAGAGCCUAGACGAACGGGCUGUAUGGCUAGUCGAGAAGACCGGCUGGCACGCUCAGCUCUCCCUCGACGUCACCGAUCUCUACAUUAGGUAUCUGAAAAAUGGGCCAGGAAAUCUCGAGAAGGAUAUCGAGAGAAGAUUUAGUUAUGCUUUGAGUCGGGAGGAUAUCGAAAAUGCUAUACUUGGCGGACCUUGAAAUACAUGGAGAUGCCAAGUUUAGCCACUGAUGGAUUAGUUUGCAACUUAGAUUAGUUCUAGAUGAUCAACUGUAUACGCUGUAUUGUAAGUUGGCAUGAGACUUUGUAGCAUUUUCAAUUAUUGUUAUUGGCUCCACAUUGUCUGAUUGUAUGCCUAAUAACUACUAUGUAAUUGGCUUAAACCCUAUACGUUUAAUGUACAUCAUCACCAACAAA